GUUUGGAUCAUAAGUUGUAAGUUGAGGUUACCUGGAGGCACUGAAGGACUGAAAAAAUUGGUUACAAACAAACCAAUGUUGAAAAUAUACUCAGAAAUUCUAUUUUUGCCUAGGAAAUAUUGUUAUAAUUUUAGUACCAGUCUUAUUAAACAACAAUUUACAGUGCAAAGUUCUAUAAUGCAGGAAGAAAACAAAGCAAAAAGAUUAAAAUAUGAUGGUAGACUCAAAAAAAGGCAAUGGCAAGACAGAAGAUCCGAUAAUAGAGAUUCAAAAAUAAGUAAAACCAAUGAGAAUUCCGAGCCCUUUGAGAGAAUUAAACGGAGAAAAUACGCAAUGUUAAUGGGUUAUUGUGGUGUUGGUUAUUUUGGUAUGCAAAGGAAUCCAACUAUGAAAACAAUUGAAGAAGAUUUAUUCAAUGCACUAUUCAAAACGAAUCAUAUUAAUCAAGAAUGUUUUGAUGUCGUCCAAAACAUGCAAUUUCAACGAGCUGCUAGAACAGACAAGGGUGUUUCAGCAGUAAGACAAGUCGUUUCUUUGAAAUUACCUGACAAAGUGGACAUUGAAAGUAUAAAUAAAGAGUUACCUGAAGUGAUAAGAGUGUUUUGUGUAAACAAAGUUACUAAAGGUUUUAAUUCUAAAACUAAUUGUGACAGUAGGACUUAUAGUUAUACUCUACCAACAGUCGCAUUUGCCGAUAAGGAUGCUCAGGUAGAACAACAUGGUUUCAGGUUAGAUGAUGAAACUUUCGCCAGAGUCAAUAGGGUGUUGAGUAUGUAUGUGGGUUCUAAAAAUUUUCAUAAUUUCACAUCUAAGAAGCACCAUCAAGAUCCAAGUGCUAAUCGAUAUAUAAUAUCAUUUAUAUGUGAAAGGCCCUUUCUUAGGAAUGAUGUCGAAUUUGCUGUUCUGAAAGUUCAAGGUCAAAGUUUUAUGCUUCACCAAAUAAGAAAAAUGGUAGCUCUAAUGCUGGCUGUUAUUAGGAAUCACACUAAUGAAGCAACACUUCUUCAAGCAUUGACAAAUGAAAAGGUUAAUGUUCCCAGAGCUCCGGGUUUAGGACUUCUUCUAGAGUUUGUUCAUUACGACAGGUACAAUUUGAGAUAUGGUGAAGAUGGUAUUCAUCAAAAAUUAGAAUGGCAAGAGUGUGAAAAUGACGUUGAAGCAUUUAAAAAUAAGUACAUAUUACCUGUUAUUACUGAAACUGAAAUAUCUCAAAAAGAAAUGUUGGUAUGGUUGAGUAAACUCAGGGGCCACAGGUACGAUAUUUUUGAAGAUACAGCUGACGAUGAUGAGGAUGAGGAAAAAUUAAAUGAUGAAAAUAUUGAAGUUUGCAAGGAUGAUGAUAAAAAUGAUACAGAAAGUGUAAACUCUAUGGAAGCAAAAGAUCGGACUGGAGUAAAAGAAGAAAAGUUAGUUCAAAAUGCUGAAAAUAUUAGUUGAUGUAACUUUUAAAAAUAAAGAGUUUUUUGCUA